AUGAAAGCAUGCUAUCUUUGUGAUUUUAAAAAUUUACUGAAAUUCAGUGAUAGUAUACCAUCACAGGCAUGUUUAGGUCCAGCAAUACGAACACUUUAUACAGUUAGUACUUGGGCAAGCAAAGCAUUCGAAGAGAAUGAUAAAUUACAAGUGGCUGAACCGAUGGACGUUGAUUUACCAGAAACCGCAAAUCCUCCAAAUGUGACAUCGGUGAUUCAUGAUGAUGUUGUUUGCAACGAUUGUAUGAUAUGUAUGGACGACUUAGGCACAAAUUUUCGCGUAUUAGAACAGUGUCCACAGCCGCUGAAUGGUACAAUACAAGUUAACUUUUUGCCAAUAAUACUGCCAGGUUAUGAAGGUAUAUCACAAGGGACAAUAAGCAUCUAUUAUAAAAUACCAAGUGGAACACAAGGACCCUUAAAUCCGAAUCCUGGACAACGAUAUAUUGGAACAUCUCGUCAAGCUUAUUUACCGAAUAACAAAGAAGGUCAAGACAUUUUGCAGUUAUUACAGCAGGCAUUUGAUGACGGCCAUAUAUUUACAAUAGGAAAAUCUAUGACCACAGGACAAGAUAAUGUAGUAACGUGGAAUGACAUUCAUCAUAAAACAUCACCACAUGGAGGACCUGAAAAUUUUGGAUAUCCAGAUCCAACAUAUUUACAUCGCGUUCGUGAAGAAUUAGCAUCCAAAGGUUAUUCUACGAAUAAAUGA